AUGGAUCAACCACAAUCCCAAUCCAAUACCAUGUUUAUGAAAAGAUUAUCUACAAUCAAAUGCAUUGCUCCUAUUUUGAUUGCACUUUCAAUUGUAUCAGCAAUCUUUGCCUUUUUAGGCUAUUUUAAAAAUAACAAUUUUGAAUUUCUUAUUUUAGCAAUCUUUGAUGUAAAUAUAUUAAACUAUUAUAUUAAGAUUAUUCUUAUUUCCAUUUUGAUCAUAACAUUAUAAUUUGUUUUUACACUUUAAUUUGAUGAAUUUGGAAAUCCAUAAGAAAAUAAUACAUCAUAUAUAAUAUAAUUUGGAUUAUAAAGUAUAACAGCAAUUUUCUUAGGAAUAAUUAUAACUAUAAUUCAAUAUAAAACUCAUUUAGCUAAUUUAUGGUUUGUUGGACUUUAAAUAUUCAAAUUGCUUUUUUUAAUCUAUUUGAUCAAUAAAACAAAAUAAUUUAGCAAAACAUAAAAUGGAAUUCAUAGAUUCACAUUAGCAUUCUCAGUUUUAUUAAACAUUUUAUUUUUAUUGUUUGCAGCAACUAAUUUCAAAUUCGUAAAAUAAUAAUUUCAUAUAAUAGUUAGUCUAUCUUAUAAACAAUCAAGUAUUUUCAUUAGAUCACAAUAACACCAUUGUUUUAUUCAUGUAAUAUGGUUUAUUUGCUUUAUUAAUGGCUACUAUCUUAAUUAGUGUUAUUCUCAUUUUUAGAGUUUAAAACUAUUUCUUGAUUGUAGCCUUUUUAAUAGUAGCAGCUCUACUCAUAGCAGCAACUGCUAAUGGAAUGAUGAUUAGAUAAUACUCAAUAUUAUAGAGUGAUAUAUCUACAUAAAAAGGAUGUAGAUAUGCACUUUAAAGUCUUGGAGUUUAGACAGUUAAAUAAUUUUUAAAUUGUUCAGAAAAAUAUCUAAAUGAACGAUAAUCACCUUAUCUUCCAUGUCCUUAAGAAAAUCAAUCAUAUAUGUGGGAAUCAAAUAUGGAUUAAAUAGCAUGUAUUAAUUUAGAUUGUUGUGACUCACUCAAAGAUUUUAUUAGUAAACCUUUGUAUCAUUUAACUGUUUGGGUUAAUAUUAUAGUAGCAAUAGGAAUAAUUUAAGCAUUUAAUACAGCUAUGCUUUCAAAAUUUGAUGUUGGCAAUAAGGAAUAAAAUGUUCUCACAGAUUUAUUCAUGUUAUUAUUAUUUUUUGGAUUAUUCUUUGGAAUAAUUGCCAUAUAUAAUUCCAUUUCACCUUAAUAAUUAUAAUUAUAAGAUUAAGUUGUAUCGUAAAUAUUAAAAUCAUUUAUCAUAUAGGUAGCCUUUGAUUUUGAAUUAAUUAACUGUUCUUGAUGCUCCAACAUAUAAAUAUUUCAAACCACAGAAAUCUUUUGGAACUUAAAUGUCUAAUACUGAUAUUUGUGAACUAGCAACAAAUUUAAUGUUAACAAAAGUGAAUUUAUAGCCUAAAGAUGAUAUGAAGAAACCUGGGUAUAAUAUAAUAUUUGUAUCAUAGAAUUUUACUUGGUAUAUUAGGAAUGGGAGGAUCAUUUCUAAUUAAUAAUGAUAUAAAUUUAAGUGAUUUCAAGAUAUUGACUACUGAUGAAUUAAUAACAAAAGCAUUUCCUAAAGCAAAUAAACCAGGAUAAGAUGUUAUAAUUGUUGAAGGAUCUCUGGCAUCUGUAAGUCAUUUUAUAGGAUCAUGUUUAUAAUUUUGUUCUGAUGAACCUGAAACAGCUGAUUUUACUAUUUUAUAAGAAUUUUAUGAAAUGGAAAAUGAUAAAAAGAAUAGAAUUUUAAGUAUUGAUCCAUAAUUGUAAUAAUAAUUUAGUAAAAUUGUACCUUAUUUAUAAAUAACUGCAAAUGUUUAAAAUAGUGAAGAUUUUUCAACAAUUUCUGAUGCUGAUGGAAAAUUAUACUAUGGAAAGUUUGUUUAUACAACAUGUUAAGUUAUGGAUUAAGUAGAAUCUCCCUUUUUAUCAACAAUAUCUGAUAUUAAUGGAUAACUUAAUUAUUUUAGAGUAGCUACUAAAUAAGUUUAUACAUUAUUAGUCAAAAAAUAAGGAUAUAAAAAUGCAUGUGCACUUGUUGAUUUAACUGAAUUAUCACCUAAAACUAAUAUCUUUGUAAGAAUGGUGAAAGAAGUUAAAAAGCAUUCUAUGAAGAUUACUUUAGAAUGGACAUCUAAAAAUCUUAAUUUGGAUUUAUAUGGUUAAUUCAAAGGAGAAAACUUUGUUUGUUUAACUGGAUCUAUAUCUAAAUCUUGUGGUGGAAUGAGUUUAUAAACUUAAAAUGAGAGAGAUUAACAUAUUGAGAUUUUAACUAUCGAUUAAAUACAACCUUUUACUUAUUUAAUUUUUAUUAAAAGAUUUAUGGAAAGAACAUAAGCAUUAGAUGAUAAAGUAGUAAAUGUAUAAGAUUGGAUAGAAUCUAAUCCUGUUAUUACAAUAUAUGUAUAUGAAUUAGAUUAUCCUCUUGUUCAAUAUAGAUUGCCUUCAAGUAAUAAUAUUUAAAUUAACUUUUAGUACCAACAUCUUUUAGAGAUAAGAUUGAUUUUACUUGGUUAGCUUUUUAAUUUGAUGGAUCAAUUGGUGAUGGACCUAUUGAACUCAAAACUUAUUGGUCUGAAAUAACAAAUGAAAGUAUCAAGAAUAGCAAAUCCUAUAAAAAUAAGUUUUGGCCUUCUCCUGUUACAAUUGAAAACAAGUGA